UUUUGUGAUUGGUGUUGACCGUUUCCGGUUGACUGUCCGUCCGACGUCUAAGGAGAAAAAGAGGGGAAAACGGACUAAAACCGCGCCGAACUGAGUGAAUCGAGCUGCAGCCUCGAGUCUCGGUCAGAGGUGAAUCUGCAGGUCAGCAUGGCGUCGGGCAGCGUGAGCAGCGAGGAGGAGAAGAGCCUGCGCGAGUGUGAGCUCUACGUGCAGAAGCACAACAUCCAGCAGCUGCUGAAGGACUGCAUCGUGCAGCUGUGCACCUCGCGGCCCGACAGGCCCAUGGCCUUCCUCAGAGAGUAUUUCGAGAGACUCGAGAAGGAGGAGGCUAAGCAGCUUGUGAACCAGCAGAAGGCCAGUUUGCGGUCAGACUCGCGGGAGGAUGAGGUUUCUCCUCCCAUGAAUCCGGUGGUAAAGGGCCGCCGGAGGAGAGGAGCCAUCAGCGCUGAGGUCUACACUGAGGAGGACGCCGCCUCCUACGUCAGAAAGGUUAUUCCUAAAGACUACAAAACCAUGGCAGCCCUCGCCAAAGCCAUUGAGAAGAAUGUGCUCUUUUCACACUUGGAUGACAAUGAAAGAAGUGACAUAUUUGAUGCCAUGUUUCCAGUCACCUACAUUGCCGGAGAGAUUGUUAUUCAACAAGGCGAUGAAGGAGACAACUUCUACGUAAUCGAUCAGGGAGAAAUGGAUGUUUAUGUCAAUGGCGAGUGGGCAACCAGCAUCGGCGAGGGCGGCAGCUUCGGAGAGCUGGCGCUGAUCUAUGGCACCCCCAGAGCAGCCACGGUCAGAGCCAAGACCAACGUCAAACUGUGGGGCAUCGACAGGGACAGCUACAGGAGAAUACUGAUGGGAAGCACUUUGAGAAAGAGGAAGAUGUAUGAAGAAUUCCUCAGCAAAGUGUCCAUUUUAGAGUCUCUGGACAAGUGGGAGCGUUUGACGGUGGCUGACGCUCUGGAGCCGGUGCAGUUCGAGGACAGUCAGAAGAUCGUGGUGCAGGGAGAACCUGGAGAUGAGUUCUUCAUCAUACUGGAGGGCUGUGCAGCCGUUCUGCAGCGAAGGUCAGAGAAUGAGGAGUUUGUGGAGGUGGGCCGGUUAGGGCCCUCAGACUACUUUGGUGAGAUCGCCCUCCUGAUGAACCGUCCCCGUGCUGCCACCGUGGUGGCCCGUGGCCCGCUGAAGUGCGUCAAGCUGGAUCGGCCGCGCUUUGAGCGCGUCCUGGGGCCGUGCUCGGACAUCCUCAAACGCAACAUCCAGCAGUACAACAGCUUCGUCUCGCUGUCCGUCUGAAGCCCCCUGCCUCAUGUACACACACCUGAACCGCAGGGUCCACCCGUGCAGUCGGCUUUCAUUUCUACGUUUGUCCUCCUUCUUUAUUAUGUUAAACUUUCCGGUGUUAAGGAGGAAUUCCAGUGUUUCAAUAUCUCUGCAUAACACCAUGUGUGAGAUGUAAUCAGAGAGGUUCAGAGCAGUUUGGUGUGAAAUGGUUCAGACGUCUUUACAGUGGUGGUGAUAGGAACCAGGGGCGGAUUCACAGAAGUGUCUGUUUUUUCUUAACAUCAUUCUAAAAAAAAAAGUUUUGAGAAAUUAUUGUUCUUCACAUAACUUCUUAAGAAUGAUCUUAUUUCCUUUUCUUAACUGUUUCCUUAAGAAUAAUUCUUAUGUUCUUUUAAAUAUUAAGCUUUUCUUAACCUUAUGACAGACUCUCGGGCUGUGAGAGUUGACGAGGUGAGCAUCUAAGUUGAUCCCAGACACUGCCUCUGCUGCUCCUCCUGCUCACCCUUGUACGUCACCCCCCAAUUACCGUAUUUUCUAAUGAGGAUUUUUUUUGUUUAUCCUGUUUCUGUAUCCUUUCUUCCACCGUCACCUGUAGUUCUAGUUUGCUGAUUUUUUUUAAACACUUGGUUUGACGCCUUUCCUUGAUUUUGCUAUUCGGAGUGGAUGAAACCAAAUAAUGGAAAUAAUAGUGGAUACAGAUUCCAAUUGUGUCUCGAGUCGUUUAUGGGAAGCUGUAAAAUGCGACGAAGCCCACAUAAGAAAACACUAAAGAUUUUCUUAAGAAGAUAAUCUUAAGAAAAUACUUGAGAACUUAAGUUUUUUCAAGAAUUGCAUUUAAGAACAUUCUUAUGAAGCUUUUGCAAGUUUUUUCUUACGAAAGCUUUCGUAAAUUCCAGAACCACCAGUGAACCUACACGAGUCUUCUGAGUUUGUAUGGAAUGUUGAAGAUGGAAAAUAGUGGAACAUAAUAAAUAUAACGUAUAAUAUAUAACGUAUAAAUAAUACGUUUUCUCUGAGAACUAUUUUGCCUCAGCAUGUAUCCCAGAUCUUGCGAAAUCAUAACCAUUUCAUGUCAUAAAUUUCUGUUUAUUUUAGAGGUGGUCUGAUUCCGAUCACCACCACUGUGAACAAUUCUGAACCACUCUGAACGACUUUGUUUACGUAACCAUUCAACUGUGCAGAAAUAUUGAAAAUCGUAGACAAACUUCAUCACUUGACUGCUUGAACAUUGCACACCAUAACCCCCCCACCCACCCCAGGCCUCAAACCCAAAACCCGCUUCCGAUGUAUGGCUGAAGGGACAAUCAAACCGAAUCCACUCGGAAUACAUCAGCCUUUCGUGAGCAGCGUCCAUACGUUGAGUGGUUUAAGACAGGAGUGAGAUUAUAUUUUUAAACGUCUACUCUGGGACGGCCCGUCUACUCUGUCCCUCUGGCUGACUGUGAUUUAGUUGGGAGUAGUUUUCUAAGACUAGUUUUGUAAGAAUACCGAACUGUACAAGCAGCUGUAAUAAAGUACUUGAGGAGAUCGUUUCCUUUCGCAGCCCUGAA